AUGGGUAAAUCAACAUCCUCUCUGCUUCUUAUAUGCAAUCGUUUGAUUAUUAGAGUAAGCCUUCCAUUUCGUACUUUUACUUCUCAUUAUUGUUCUACUAUUAGAGAAAAUGUGAAAACCCCAUAUCAGAAUCGGAAUCAGUUGUUGAAUUCUGUGAGAGAUCACUCCAAAUCUGGAACCUUUAAGAAUCUUGAUCAUGCCUUAGUUCUGUUUGAUACAAUGCUUCACAUGGACCCUUUGCCUUUCAUUGGAGAUUUUACUCUAUUGUUGGGUGCCAUUGCAAGAAUGAAGCAUUACUCUGUAGUCGUUACUCUAAUUAAACGAAUGGAAUCAUUCGGAAUCGCUCCCAGUGAUUAUACUCUCCCUGUUUUGAUUAAUUGCUUCUGCCGUUUGAGACGGGUUGAUUUUGGGUUCUCUGUCUUAGCAACAAUUUUGAAACUUGGUUAUCAGCCUACCCAACCUACUCUAAACACUCUUCUUAAUGGUCUCUGUCAUCAAGUUAAUAUUUUUAGAGCUGUGUGGAUGGCAGAGGAAAUGGUGAAGAAAGGGUAUGAGCCGAAUGUGAUUACUUGUGGAACAAUAGUAAACGGUCUGUGUAAGAUUGGCCGGACUGGUUUGGCUAUUAGGUUGCUCAGGUCGAUGGAGAAAGGGGGUUGUGAACCCGAUGUGGUACUGUAUAACACAAUCAUUGACAGUUUGUGUAAGGACAAAUUGAUAACUGAGGCUUUGAAUCUUUUUUCUGAAAUGAUGAGUAAAGGCAUUCAGCCAAGUGUUAUCACUUACAAUUGCAUAAUUCAAGGACUAUGCAAAUUUGGCCGGUGGAGGGAGGCGGCUACCUUGUUGAAUGAGAUGGGGCAAUGCAAGGUCAUGCAAAAUGUGCGAACCUUCAACAUACUGGUGGACACACUAAGCAAGAAAGGAAUGUUGAGUGAGGCAAGAAAAGUUUUUGAAGUGAUGAUUCAAAGAGGCAUUGAUCCCAACCAAGUCACUUACAAUUCUUUGAUUGAUGGUUAUUUUUUGCAAAACCAAAUAGAUGGGGCAGUUAAGACAUUUAAUAUGAUGGUUGAGAAGGGUUGUUCACCCAAUGUGAUUAGCUAUAACAUAUUGAUCAAUGGAUAUUGCAAAAGUAAAAAAAUUGAUGAGGCAAUGCGUAUCUUUCAUGAAAUGUCCAACAAGGGAGUGAUUCCUAAUGUUGUGACUUACAACACUCUUAUCAAUGGGUUUUUCAGAGUGGAGAGACCCCAGGCUGCAAUGGAGCUAUUCCAUAAGAUGCAAGCUUGUGGCCAACAUCCAGAUCCCCAAACCUAUAACAUCUUGUUAGAUGGAUUUUGUAAGAACAAACAAAUUGGUGAGGCGAUGACAAUGUUUCAAGAGAUGGAAGACAAAAGGUUAGACCAUGAUAUUGUGUUUUACAACAUCUUAAUUGACGGUUUCUGCAAUGUUGGGGAACUUACAAUUGCAAGAGAAAUCUUUAGUGGUCUUUCUGCAAAAGGAUUGCAUCCUAAUGUUUGGACUUACAAUAUAAUGAUCAAUGGAUUUUGCAAGAACGGACUAGUUGAUGAAGCGAGUGAGCUGCUUGAGAAAAUGGAUAGCAAUGGUUGUUCUCCUGACCAUCACACAUAUAAUUCAUUAAUCCAAGGGUUUUUGCAACAUAGAGAGACAUCAAAGGCAAUGAAAUAUCACAAAAUGAUGGUUGUCAAUGGAUUUCCAGCAAACGCAACAACUGUUGCCAUGUUUAUUGACUUACUACCGUCUAAUCAAGUAGAUGAAUAUUUUCAAAAGCUGCUUUCAAAGUUUGGGUAAAGGUAAUUUAGUU